GCGCCGCGCUCCGCCCCGCCGCACUUAAGCGCCGCCGCCGCCGGCGGCCCCCGCGCCGCCGCCGCCAUGAGCCACCGCGCGGAGCCGGCGGCGCCGGCCGCCUCCUACCGCCGCCUCUCCGCCGAGACCCCGCGGAGGCGCCCCGAGGGGGCGGCGCGGCGGGCGCGCCCGGGCGCGGAGGCAGCGCGGGAGCGGGACCCGCGCCCGGCGCGGGCCAGCGAGAAGCAGCAGCUGCAGGGCCUCAACGACCGCCUGGCCGGCUACGCCGAGCGCGUGCGGGCGCUGGAGCGGCGGCACGGGGCGCUGGCGGCCGAGCUGGCGGAGCUGCGGAGGCGGCCGCCGGCGCCGCGCCGCCUGGGCGAGCUGCUGGGCGCGGAGCUGCGCGCCCUGCGCGCCCGCCUGGAGGAGGCGCACGGCGAGCGGGCGCAGGCGGCGCUGGAGCGGGCGCGCCUGGCCGAGGAGACGCAGCGGCUGCGGGCGCGCUGCGAGGAGGAGGCGCGGGGCCGCGCCGAGGCGGAGCGGGCGAUGCGCGCCCGGCAGCGGGCGGCCGACGGGGCGGCCCGCGCCCGCCGCGACCUGGAGCUGCGCGCGGCGGCGCUGCGCGAGGAGCUGGCGGCGCUGCGCCGCGCGCACCAGGAGCAGCUGGCGGCGCUGGGCGCCGCGCUGCGCCCCGCGCAGCCCGCCGAGCCGCCGCCCGCCCGCCCCGACCUGGCGGCGGCGCUGCGCGAGCUGCGCGCGCAGUACGAGGCGCUGGCGGCGCGCAACCUGCAGGCAGCCGAGGGCUGGUACCGCGCCCGCUGCGCCGGCCUGCACGAGCGGGCGGCGCGCAGCCAGGAGGCGGCCCGCGCCAGCCGCCGCGAAGCCGGCGAGUGCCGCCGCCAGCUGCGCGCCCGCGCCGCCGAGAUGGAGGGUCUGCGCGGCGCCCACGAGUGCCUCGAGCGGCGGCUGCACGACGCGGCGGAGCGGCACAGCGCCGAGGCCGCCGGCCUGCAGGACACCAUCGGGCAGCUGGAGGACGACCUGCGAAACACCAAGAACGAGAUGGCCCGGCACUUGAGGGAGUACCAGGACCUGCUUAACGUGAAGAUGGCCCUCGACAUCGAGAUAGCUGCCUACAGGAAGCUGCUGGAGGGAGAGGAGACGUACUUCAGCGCUGGGAGCAUCAGCCCUGCAGCACUGAAUCCCUUCCCUAACGCCGCUUACUCUUUCCAGCCAAGGGUCUUCAGCUCCUCCAUGGCCACUGGUGCAAAAGCAUCUCCUCCUCUGUCCAUCAGGAAAGAGGAGCAAGAAGAAGUUAUUAAAGUGGCCUCUAAGAUAUCAUCCAGUCGGGCUGACGGGAUGGAGGAGGCCAUAACCUCCACCAGGAAGAUGGAGAGAACAAACCUGCGCGAAGGAAGUAUUGCGGCUGCAAAAAUGUAACCUGCGGAGUCCCUCUUGCAUUUGAGGGGGAACAGUCUGCCCUUGGCCUUCGAACUGCCCCUGCAGGACCGUGGCAGCGCCGGGCUUGUGGGCAGCUGCCCCCGGGGCGGGAGCCUCUGGGGCAGCCGGGAGCCGGGUCCCGAUGGGAGCCGGCCGAGCUGGGCACAUUGCUCCCUCUCAAAUGAGGCGGAGGUGCGGGCUAGAUGCAUGUUGGUCGUCUCUGUGGUUGCACCGUGGCUCAUAGCGCCCACGCUGCUUCCUGCCGCACGGUGGCCGGCCGGGGGGAUGAGCCAUCCGGCUGGGGCUGCCGCACCACCAGCUUUUGGGGGGGGGGGGGGGGGGGGGGCUGGCGGAGGAAAUGGGAACCAACACAUUUGCUACAGCUAGUUUCCAGGCUACGGGCCUUCGUCUAGUGUCUAAACCCGUGUGUAUCUCACGUAUCCCCCCCCCUCGCGCUGCAGCCAUCCACUUGAAUCCCAGGAGCACAGAAAUAGCCAUGCUGCCCGAGCGGAGGGCUCUGGCAAGGCAGUGCUGCCCACCGGCCCUUCUCACCACACUUUCUUAGCACCCAUUGAACCAUCCUAAACGCACCCGUGCUGGCUUCGACCUCAGGUUUGCAGCGGCGGUUUGUCUGCAAUGCCUUCGAGCUGCCGGCGGUCGCGUGUGCGAGAGCUGCAGGCCGCGGGCGCACGGCGCAUCAGGGCUCUUCCCUCUGCGGUUGUAAGGCACGGGUUAAUAAUUAAAAAGGAAGAAGUAGUUACGUGAA